UUCGUCUGUUCCUUUGCAUCGAAUAAACAUGAAGACCAUUGUUGCAUUCACCGCCCUCCUGGCAUGCGCCGCGGCCGCCCCCGGCCUUCUGGUCACCCACGAGACUCCAGUCGUGGCUACUGUCCACGCCGCUCCAGUGGUCCACUCCGUACCAGUCUUAGCCGCUAAGACCACUAUCACCAAGAGCAGCCAAGUGGUCAACCACGGCACUCCUCUCGUCCAUGCUCCUGUUGUUCAUGCCGUGCACGCCGCGCCUGUUGUUCAUACCGUACAUGCCGCGCCUGUUGUUCAUGCUGUACACGCCGCCCCAGUGGUCCUCAAAACUGCUCCAGUGGCUGUAGCUCACACCAGCUCAGUCGUCCAUCAUGCCCCAGUCGUCAAGGCCUUGCCAGUUAUCGCUGUCCAUCAUUGAAGAUGAUUAUAGUAAAUUAAAUAAAUUAUUACCUCCGUAA